AUGUCACAAUGGCCCGUCCGGCCCCCAGCCCCACCCCCUUCCCCAUGCCCCACCCCCGCCCCCAUCCUCCGGCUUGUGGGCAGUCAGCCUGGGCAGAGCAGCAAAGAGGAGGGUGAUGGUCAGUCGGUCGGUCAGUGGGGUCGGGCACCCGGGGCUCCAACACGGCCUCAUUCCAUCCCUCGGUAUCUGCCCCUCGCCUGCCUAGUCGGGGUGCCCAUUAGCUGGCCCGUCAAGCAGACGAACUCAGCGUCGGUGGCCAACGACAUGGAGACUGAGUACGGGGAUAGGUCACCCCUCAAGACCAGUGAAAAUCCUCCAUCUGCAGAAGGGUACGGGAACGCAGCGCCUCCCACAUACAGCCAGAGCGAGGGAGGCGGGGUCUUCGCAGACACCUUAGACGACACGACCAUCCGGCGCAUGUUCAUUCGAAAGGUGUUCGCGAUCCUGUCCAUGCAGCUGCUGUUCACCUUCGGGAUCGUCUGUAUCUUCACCUACUCCACGGACAUCCAGGCCUUUGUGCUGAAGACCCCGGCGCUUUACUACUCCUCCUUCGGCAUCUUCAUCUUUGUCCUGGUGGCCCUGAGCUGCUGCGGAGACUUUCGGAGGAUGUUUCCCUGGAACCUUCUCUUCCUGGCCAUUCUGACGCUCAGCCUCUCCUACAUGGUCGGGGUGAUCGCCUCCACCUACAGUACCUCCUCCGUCAUGAUCGCUCUGGGCUCCACGGUGGCUGUCUGCUUUGCAGUCAUCCUCUUUGCCAGUCAGACCCGCUUCGACUUCACCCUGUGCUACGGAUUCCUCCUGGUCGCCUCCAUCAUCCUCUUCAUGUUCGGCUUCUUCAGCAUCUUCUUCUACAGCCGCAUCAUGGAAAUCGUCUAUGGCUCGCUGGGAGCCCUGAUCUUCUCCAUCUUCCUGGCCGCCGACAUUCAGCUCAUCCUGGCCAAGCAUCGCUACAGCCUGAGCCCCGAGGAGUACAUCUUCGGCGCGCUGAUCCUCUACCUGGACAUCAUCAACAUCUUCCUGUACAUCCUGAUGAUCAUUGGAGGCGACCGCUAGCUCUCGAAGGGGCGCAGGGGUGGAGCGCUGGGCAGAGAGAGAGAGAGAGGAGGGUUGGCUGAACUUCGAGAAAUGGCAGGCCCGUGGAUGGGAGGGGGGUGCCUGAUCUUCUCAGGUUAUCCUCUCGCGAACCCACCAUAGAAAGACCCUGCGCCCCGCUGUCCCCCUGCAACGUGCAAUAUGCUUCACCCUCCGGGGUUGGAUCUACCUGCCGAUUGGAAAUUUCUGUCGAGGCUCGCUGGGUUGUCCCUCGUCUCCCCUGCACACCCAACGGAGCCUCGUGCUCUUGGUAUUAUUAUUAAUAAAGUAUUUUGGAAAUCCA